AUGGACCGGCUGGUGAUCCCGGAGCCGACGAACGAGGUGGUGGUGCGGGUGGAGCCGGGGCGGCCGGCCAAGGGGGAGCUGACGCUGCGCAACGCCAUGCACACCAUGCCCGUCGCCUUCCGCCUGCAGCCGGCCGUGAGGGGCCGCUUCGCCGUGCGCCCGCACACCGGGAUCCUGGCGCCGCUCGCCGCGGUCACCGUCGAGGUGCUCUACAUGGCCUCGGAGGCGCCCGACGGGCCUGGCGGGGGAGGCAGCCGCGGGGAGGACGCCUUCUUGCUGCACAGCGUGGUGGCGCCCGGCGCCUCGGUCAGGGAGCCCGUCUCUGCGCUGGACUCCGUGAACCCUGAGUGGUUCUCCGCGAGGAAGAAGCAGGUGUUCGUGGACAGCGGCAUCCGGGCGUCCUUCGUGGGCGCCGAGGUCGCGGCGCGCCUCGUCGCCACCGGGGCCGUCGAGGCGCUCAGGGAGGUGCUCGACCGCAGCGACCCCGCGUGGCGCGCCGCGGACGCCGAGGACGAGUCCGGGAGCACGCUGCUCGACCUCGCGGUCGGCCUCGGCCGCGCGGACAUCGUCCAGGUGCUCCUCGAGUACGGCGCCGACGCCGACAAGCCCAGCCGCGGGAGGACACCCCUCGAGAUUGCUGCGGCGUCCGGCGAGUGCCUCAUCGCGGAGCUCCUCCUCGCCAACGGAGCCAAGCACGCCGGCUCCGACGCGCUCCACGUGGCCGCCGCGGCCGGACACGACGAUGUCUUGAAGCUGCUUCUCGGAAAGCCCGCGUCUGCUUCUCCCCGCUCAUCCUCCUCCUCCGCUUCCUUCUCCGGUUCCUUCACCUCCAUCGACGCGGCGGGGAGGGAGGGCAAGACACCUCUGCGGCUGGCGGCGGAGGGUGGCCGGCGGGAAGCGGUGAAGGCGCUCCUCGCGGCGGGCGCGAGGGCCGACACGAGGUGCAGCACGGACGGCGGCACCGCCCUCCACGCCGCGGCAAGGCGGGGCGACGAGGCCGUCGCCCGGCUGAUCCUGGCGCACGGCGUGGCCGGCACGGCCUCGGUGCGCGACGCGAAAGGCAAGACGGCCUACGAAACCGCGGCCGAGGAGGGCCACACCGGGCGGAUCAUGGACUUCCUAGGGCUCGGCGAGGCGAUCCUGGCGGCCGCGCGGAAGGGUGAGGCCCGGGCCGUCCGUCGGGCCGCGGACGGCGGCGCGUCCGUGGAAGGGCGGGACGCGCACGGGUGGACACCGCUGAUGCGCGCCGCGUUCAAGGGGCGCGCCGACGCGGUGCGCGACCUCAUCGAGCGGGGCGUCGACGUGGAGGCGUGCGACGCCGAGGGCUACACGGCGCUGCACUGCGCCGCCGAGGCGGGGCGCUCGGACGUGGUGGACAUCCUCCUAAAGGCCGGGGCCAACGCUAGGGCAGCAACGGCGAAGGGGAGGACGGCCGCGGCAUCUGCAGCGGUGACAGGCAAGGCCAAGGUGGUGCGGCUGCUUGAGAAGGCUGGCGGGGUCGGGCGGAAGGGUGCCAGCGAGAAGGCGUCGUCGGCGGUGGCCAAGGGCGGGAGCAUGGACAGGCGACGGAGGGGGAGGAAGGGGAGCAGCGGCGCCAUACGGUUCGGUGGCGGGAAGGAGGGGUACGAAGCCGCCACGGUCACCGUCGGGUGGUCCCACUAG